AUGGAUAAGAAUCAUGGGACAAUGGAAGCAGUCGGCCAGACAGAAGAUAGCAAAGUGCCAGCCAUACCGGUUCCGCUGCAUCCUGGGGAAUCGAUGGGGUUUUACGACCAUCAGUUUUGGAGCUGGUUGAGCGAAUGUGGGGAAAAUAAGUAUUCGCUGCGCUUGAAGCCAGAUAUGGAACGGAAAUAUCGUAUGUCGUUCGCUUACCUUAGGCUCGACAGGCCACAAGUAUUGUCAGUGAUUGGGGACCACUCAACCAGGACCGAGCCUGCUCGAACUCUUCAACUAACUACGGAGACCCAAUCACAGCUACCCAUCAAUGUGGAGGAAUCAGCGCCCACUCAGUCAGCAAUGAAUAUGGAGACAGAUGCUGACGAUAUCGAACAUCAGACUCAGGCUCGAAGUGCGCGCGAGGAACCUUGCAGCAAGCGCGCUCGGAUUGAUGUGGAGCCCAAAUUUGUGAGUCAAGCACGUGUAGCCCCAAAGUUAUCUUCCAGCCACUCAACGGCGCAUCCGGAACACAAUCGAAGUGCAACACUUUCGUCAAAUCAAGCAACACCUCGGUCCAGUUCAGAGUUAACAACUAUCGCAAUAUCAACAGGAGGUGUAGCUCCAACUCAAACUACAGACAACGUUGCUGCUGCAGCUGGAUCUGUGCUUGUUGCAACGUUGCCGCUGAUAUUGGAAGAAAAGCAGUCUCAUGUGGCGGAGAUGCGACUAAGGUGUGAAGCGACAGUUCCUAGUCCGACAAGAGUGCAAUCAAAGUCUGACUCGUCCUUUGCUAAGGCGGCAAUACCUCGGUCGCCUGCUGCUUCGUCAGAGAUGGAGACAAGUCCAGCAAUCAGUACAGACGUAGUUGCUACCUUGACGAAGAAAUCGACAUCCUUUCUGCCGAAAAGCGAGCCAGAUUGCUCGAUUCAGGGCGUUCUUACAAACUCAGUGGGUAAUGAUCUGGAGGCGACAGUACCGUCACAAAGCAAGACAGAGCCAUUGGGGUAUACAGAAGCUCCAGCGAUACCCGACUUGGCAUCGCUCCUGAUGCUUCAGUCUGAGCAGUCAUCAGAAGUGUCAUCGUCAAAGCCAGAACCAGAGACAGUUGCUUUAUCUCCGUCUCCAUCGGCGCCUUUAGCAGCACCUGGAUCCCCAUCAACGCUUCGAUUGGCGACGACAGAAAAUCCAGCUUCUGCACGCCAGAGCGCAUACGCGACUUUAGCGAAGGCCACUUCUGUACAGGCAGAUUCGAACAUCCACAUCAUCAAGGAUGAUCUUGCAGAUACGGACACAUCUGCAUUCAAGUCCAGCUUUGUUUCACUAGAGUCUGCGGCAGAGGUGUCUGAUACCGAAUCAGAUCUUGCAGACACUUAUGGCCCGCACGAUGGCGAUGUUAUGAACCCCGAUGGCUGCUGCUGCACGAAGUGCAUUCGCAGUUGGGCUAAAACGCUGACACAUCGUAUGAACCGCCUUGGACAGAAUGUUGUGGACCUGAAAAGACAAGUUCUGACUGAUGGAAGGAUCAGGCUACCUUCGGAGUGA